GCAUUAUAGCGGUCUACAUAUUAACCAAAGUAUUUGCUGACCAGUCGUAGGGCCUACAGGUUUGUUUUAUACGGCAUAGACUAGCGCUACUUGGCGACUACAGCUGGCACCAGCUAUAUAGCCGGGUUUAAAACGGAGCAAUGAGUGGCAGGAGUCCGUCUCAGCACACCAAGUCAACCCUGCAGUCCCGAGGAACCGACCGUGGUCAACACCCAGUCUGAGCCAGCUCCGAUUCCGUGGGGCUGUAUUACAAUCCACAUCAGGCACAGGCUAUAGGCCCCAACACUCGGGGAGAGGUUACGAAGACAACGUAGGCUACCCACAGAACGACUGUUAGGCAGCCAGGCGAACGUCAUGACUAACAGUACCAACGGGGCAGCCGGUGGUAUCUCUCACAGGCCAGAGAAAACAGCUGUACGUGAUGGACUGCUGGGUCGGAAGAGGGAAGUCGUUUUAGUGAUUGGCGGUUGUGGUUUCCUGGGGCGACACUUAGUCCGCCUGUUGGCCGAGAAGUGUGAUAAUGUGGCGGAGAUCCGUACACUGGAUAUACAAGACCCCCCAGAAGAGCUGCAACAGCGUAACUUCAAGGUUAAGGUCACUCACGUGAAGGGUGACCUGAGGAAGCGGGCCUGCCUAGACCUGGUUUGUGAGGGAGUGACGGCUGUAUUCCACACUGCCUCUAUUGUUGACAUCUCUACUCUGCAGGACACCGAGUACAUCACCUCUGUCAAUGUGGAAGGUACACAGACAAUACUGGAUGCGUGUGUAUCGCACAAUGUUCCCAUGUUAAUUUACACGAGUUCAUCAGAACUGGCUCGUGGUUCCAAACCAGUCCUCAACCAUCGUGAGGAGGACGCCGAGAACUUUGAGGACAAGGAUCUGAUAUUGGGAGACUAUUCCAACACAAAGAGGGCAGCUGAGAAACUCGUGCUGUCCUAUGACGGCAGAAAACUGUCCAAUGGCUCAACAUUGAGGACGAUAUCCUUUCGCCCUUGUGGAAUAUAUGGAGAAGGGGACCAUACGUUUGUCACAGCGGCUCUACAGGCGGCUAAGAUGUGCGGAGGGAUUCUGUGUGGAAUGGGGUCCCAUGACGUCAUCAUGCAGAAGGUCUAUGUGGGGAACACCGCCUGGAUCCAGUUGUGUGGUUGGAAGCGGGCCCGACAGGACCCCACAGUCUGUGGUCAGGCUUAUCUAGCCACUGAUGACACAGCUAUUGACAACAACUUCGCUUUUUUCAAGGUAUUCGUUGAGUCCAGGAACUGGAAGGUGUUGCCGUUUUAUAUUCCGUUCUUCGCCAUCUAUUACACCGUGCUUUUGAUGGAGCUGUUCGUGUGGCUGCUGUCCCCUAUCGUCCGCUUGCCCCUACCUGUCUCCACGCGCGAAGUGCUCAUGGCAUGCACCACCUGCUAUUAUGACGGUUCUAAGGCCAGGAAACUCCUCAACUACUCUCCAUUGUACGAUGCAAAAGAGUCUAUCGAACGAUCAAAGAAAUACUACAGUACAGUGAAACUAUGACACACUACCUUAAAUAUACUUUUGUACAGUUCGUAGUUUGUGAGUUUUAUGGCAGCGCUCUUUACAUAUUUAACUGGUUUCAGUUGUGAUAUCUUUCUUUUUUUUGGUUUUGUUUUUUUCCUCUGCUGUGAUUUGACCGCUAUAGUUUGAAAAAUCAUCAGUUUGGUUAGAGUUUAUAGAGACGCUUUUUAACCAGGGUGAAUCUUUUGUGACUCCUGCCCCCCUACAUUUAGCGAGGGACAGCACAACUAGGAUAAUGAACCACUGGAUUUGUACUCUACACCAUGUUAUAAUACUGUGCAGCCCCAUUGUUCACAUGCUAUGUGUUCAUUCAUUGCUCAAGUAGUUAACAACCACACAUUCUUCUCUGUACGGCCGUUGCUCAGUGGUUAGAUUUUCUAUACAAGGUGUGGCCACUCAAUUUGUAUACAUACACGUUUUGCUAAAACGGUUUUCGUCUCGGUUCUUUGUGGAUGGUCAUAUAUGUUUUAUUGGUGUGUUUUCGUUGUGUCUGUGAUUAUAUUUUUUUGAUUUUUACAAAGGGUAUGCUUUAACGUUGAGACACUUCGUUUCUGCACGUCUUGCCGGUUUUGAUUUAUUAAAUAUUGUGGAUAAACGUCAUUUCCAGCUGUUAUAAACUUCAACAAAAUUAAGCGAUUUCUGGAAAUAAUUUUCUCUAAAUGACUUGACUGCCAGAUUUGGCUGUUAAAUGAAUUGGCGUUUCGGUACUGUCAGUGUCUGAUAGGAUACCGGAAGUUAACUUGACAAUCUUGUCCUCUUGGGAGAUGAGAAAUCUGCAUCUCAAAAUUUAAAAACAAAUUUAAAAGAAGAAAGCAAAAACGACACGACUUGAUAUGAUGUUGUUAGUGUACUUUACCUAUCAACUCUAUUCAGCACACCAAACCUCCUCGAACCCAUUUUUGGCUGUAGUCAAGAGUGAUCUGUCAACUUAUACGGGUUUUUGUAGCGUUCAUUUUGAGGACGGAUUUUUGUAGCGUUCAGUUUGUGGGCGGAUUUUUUGAGGGCGGAGGAAACGCUGCAACCAUUACUCCUUGUUCAUGCACACUCGUCCGUACAUAUAUGGUGUUAGAAAUGCUCGCUGGUCCAAAUUGGGACCGUGUAAUACUUUACAAUGUGGCGCUUCAAACCGGACUCUACUUUCACAAAGCUGCUUAAGUCCAGUUUCUUCCAAUUUUUUUUUUGGUAAAUAUGGCAAAUUAUAGGUUAUAACUCAUUAAAGCGGAGUCAUUUAUGAUGGUAGUUACAAAACAUUGAUUUACGAAGUUUUAUGACACUAACCAGCUCUGACGUGAUGUGUACGGGGGAAAAGUGCAUUUCUGUACGAAGUAAAGUGAAAGUGGCCUCCACCUUCACGUCAGGCAGCAUCGCACAUUAUCACCUGUAUAUCUCGGGAUUGUAUGACGUAGGUUGGUGAGCAACAUCGCUUGAUGCGCAAACACGCUACCACUGAAUAGAUCCUGAGCUGUUGGCUCAGGUGUUGUUGUUGUCUUGGGACUGUAGAACUGAUGGGGAUGAAAUCUUCCCGAUGACGUUUGUACAGCCACCCUGUGCAUGUCCCUCUUACGUGUUGGUGGCCCCGCGUUUCUGGUGAAUGAGCAGAGGCUAACCCUUAGGGUUAGGCUAGACAGAAUCUACCCAGAGAUAAGGUGAUUUGAUUGGUGCUCUGUAUGUCAUGUGCUGCAAGGUUAACAUAAUACUCGUU